AUUUUAACAUGGCAGCGCCCACAGCACUUCAAAUGAGAGGAUGUUUGAGGUGCUUCACUGACAUUAUUAUGUUAUAUUUCCUUGCAAACAUCGUGGCUUAUGUAGCAUGUCAUUUCGCGGAUGGAGUUGAAGGGUAUUUACUGUGUCGGCGAUGUGGGAACGAGAUAGCCAAGGCUGCUGACCUCCUGGCCAUGCCCAGUGACCUGGCUCACAGACAAAGGAAUGAUACUAUUUCAGGGCAGACUGGAGUUCUCAUACAGCUGUUUAAAAACCCACAGGGCAACUUUUUUGAAGUAAUAACCUCGACAGCUGCUGAACUACAAACAUAUGACAAGGCCUACGUGGAGGACAGCUGGUUCCCCGGAUACACGUGGACAAUAUCGCUAUGUCCCCGGUGUGGCUACCACAUAGGGUGGACUUUUGAUGUCUUCCCCAGAUCCAGUGACGACAGCAAGCGGAAAACGUUUAUUGGAAUGAUUUUGGAUCAUAUUUUACACGAAAAUGAGGCAGACUCCAUCAUUGCUGUUCCGAAAGCCUACACAAGUUGAUCUGAGGGGACCAAGUCUAUUACCAUAGAUAUUCCCAGUACAAUGUGCCCAGCUGAACAUACCGUCCGUCAAUUCGUUACACAUAUGUAAAUCUUUAUAAACGUAAACUUCGGUUGCGUGGACUUGCUCGAUUAGUCAGUAGCAAUAUUUUGAUUAGGCUUGUGUGCCCAAAUAUGAAGGGUGUGAAGUGUAACAAAUGUUAUGUUUGGGAUAACACUUUCUCAGUAAGGUACAGAUUCUCGUCCCGUCAGGGAUUCGAACCCACACUGCCAGAGUGAGGCACCUAAUCGCCAGCACACAAAGUCAGCGAUCUACCCCGCUCAGCCACCGAGGCUUCCACAAAAAUGAAAGACCGACAGCUGGUAGUCUAGAUCACAUACUUUGUGUACCCCUCUGACAAGUGUGUGCAGUGUUCGGAUUGCGAGGUGUCCAAGUAAGGAAUUUCGAGGUUUUUCUGUAUGUAUGACUUGUUGUAAGCUGUACAAGUGCCCAGGUAAUUAACCUGAAACCUGAUGCUAUCUGAUAUGUUGAAAUCCAUUUGUUGUAUAUGUUUUGUAAAUAUGUUGAUCAAUACAAUUCAUUUAUGUUUUUCUAUGUAAA